AUGCACUCAUUUGCACCUUCCCUGUCAUUUCUGCUUUCGUUCCUUCUCCUCCCCCGCCUCCUAGUUGCCGCGGACCUGCGUGGCCUCACCGCUCGCGAAGCACCUGUAGCAGACUCAGCGAGUCUAACCCAAGUUGAGAGCGCCGGCGGUGCACCCGAGCCUCGCGCACUCGAGCUAGAACUUGCUGCCAGGCAGCCUAGCGGCCAUGUUGGUUCUGGUGCCUCUUCGAAUUCUCUCCGCCGAAGGCACGCGGAUUUACUGCGCGGACGAUCUAUUACCAACACCACCGCGCAAGAUCUCGACGCCUACGCGCCAAAUUUGCUCUACCCCGGAAGAAGGGCAGCCAAUGCACGCUUUUCGUGGUUCGUUACUGGCCUAGGCGCGUGUGGGCGAACAAAUGCGCCCUCGGAUUUUGUUGUCGCCCUCAAUAAAGAGCAAUUCGAUGCGGGAGAUCAUUGCUUCGAGACUGUAACCAUUACUGUCCGCGGCAAGACAACGCGUGCUCAGAUUGUCGACCGAUGCGAAUUAUGCGGUUACAACGGGCUUGACUUCACACAAGGUCUCUUCAAUUUCUUCGGUGGGGAUGGAAUCAUAUACGGCGACUGGGAGUACGGCAGCGGUGCUCCUUCGCCGAGCCCCACACCUAAGGCCACGACGACAACCUCGAAGGCGACACCUAAACCGACUACAACGAGCAUGAGCACCACUUCGUCCGUCUCAACCACCACCCGCGCGUCGACUUCUUCCCAAAGCGACUCUACCUCUUCGACUGUCAGCACGUCUACCGCUUCGGCACCUACACCAACUCUUGACCAGUCGUCGAAUCUCCAGCAGCUGUACCUGGCAUCCCUUGGUAUGGGUGGUGUAAUUAUGAGGUCCCUUGAUACCCAGAUUUGA